CCGGCACCACAUCAUCCAUCGUCCGGCUGAAACCCAUGGUUCCGUACGCUGAGGCGUGUGUGAGGAGGUACAACAUGGAGAGCUUCUCCGCCGCGGUUGGCUACGUCAUCGACUUCAUUACGCGGCAGCAGCAGCAGCAGAAGGAGCAGCAGCAGCAGCAGCAGCAGCAGGAGCCCUACCGGGCGGGGCCCUCGGCAGCUGCGAUGACGGUCUGCGAGGACAGGUUGCCGUUCUCAGGCAUCAGGAUCAAGGCUGCUGGCGGGAGCAACAGCGUCGCCGAAGGUGGCGGCAUAACCAGCAGUACUGUCGCCACAGAGAGCAGCAGCAACAGCAAUAGCGGCGACAGCAACAGCAACGGCAGCAGCAGCCGCAACAGCAACGGCAGCAGCAGCCGCAACAGCAACGGCAGCAACAGCAGCAACAGCAACAACUUGCUGUGGCUGCUUGCCAGGAUGCAACGGAGAUUGAUAGCUUGCUCUCCUUUCAUGGCGCUUGGUGGCCGUGGCGACGAGUUUAGUUCCGUCGCAGAGAUGCUCAACUGCGUACGGCAGGGUGUGGAACUACAGACUUUGCGCAUGGUCCUUUUGCUGCAGCUGCAAUCCAAGGAGUCCAAGGCCGUGCCGGUUUUGGAGCUACGCAACCGUCAGGGAUUGGAGGUGCCGUUGAACGCCUGGAUGUACGACUUUUACAAAAUACACUCCGUAAAACCCAUCACCCGCGAUAACGAGAUUCGCGAGGGCGACGUCUGGGAUUUGCUCAAGUCCGCCACGAGCAUUUUGAAAGCCGCCGCACAGGCGUUGGAACUUGCGGCGGAGGCGGCCGCAGCUGCAGCGGAAGGCGGCAGCAGCGGCAGCAGCAGAGAUAAUGGUGGCUUGGCAAGACCGGCGCUGGUUGCGGAGGCGCUGGAGGCGGAGCUGCUGCGGUUGCAGAACGAGCCGCGGCCGGAAUCCCCUUCACAGGCAGCACUUCGCGAUGCGCGCAUGGUGGCAGUUCUGUUCCGGCUGAUCGCCCAGGAUUUCAAUGCCGGCUUCUGGUCUGUAGGUGCUUAA